GGGGGACUUGCAAGGCGUGAUUAAUUUCUACCUAUGGAUAUUGUGUUUUUAUGAAUUUUUACACAUUAACUCCACCAACGUUACCAGCCAAAAGAUUUUCAGCACAGAGGACAUCCUACAGGGGAAAGGAUGACAUGAGUUCGCACAACCGCAGCCAAAGCAGUGCGCGGCGCAGCGACUACGUGUGGCAAUAUGAAUACUACGACGAGGAGCCCGUGUCUUUUGAAGGACUCAAAGCGCACAGAUACUCCAUAGUAAUCGGAUUCUGGAUCGGACUUGCAGUGUUUGUUAUUUUUAUGUUUUUUCUUCUCCUGCUGCUCACCAAGACGGGAGCGCCACACCAAGAGAAUCCAGACUUUGAAAACAUCCAUGGUCCACGGAGCGGUCUCGUGGACAUAGGUGCACCAAGAGAUGACAACCACAAAGCCUUUUGUCGUCCCUUCCUGCCAGAGUCCCGCUCCUACUUCGAUUUCUACAUCAGUGAGGCUGAAGAGAGUAAGAGGAGGCAGAAUCCCGAAGAGAAGCAGACGGGGUCACCAAAAGCGGGGAGUAUCUCCCCUGAAGCUAUAGAUGAAGAGGACCCAGGCGUUGGGAUAGUAGAUGAGCGGACACCAGACAGAGACUAUGUAUUCUUGUCCCACUUCAACAUCCCAAACUUUAUCAACUUUGAACAUAGCUCUUCGCUGGAAGAUGACCUGCUGUGUGAGACGCCCGUCACACUCGACCAGAACCAGCAUGACCCACAAAGUGACAUCCACUGACUAACCGGCUGUGAAAAGACGCUUUUCUUGGAGGACAUGA